UCACAGAGCUCCCAGAGGGGGAGAGAGUCCUCAGAGAUGAGGGUUUUGUGAGCUCUUCAGGUUGAAGCUAGGCUUUGGUGCUCGAAAGGCGUGGAGGAGUCACAGUUCCUUGACCAUGUGUGAGGAGGUGAAAAGCACUGGACAAAACUGUGUGCAGGGCCCUCAGCACAGCAAGGAGGCCCUGAACAGACUCAACCAAGCCAUUCAGCAGUUGAAGAAGGAAGUGGGGAGUGCACAGAGCCAGUCUUUGCUCCAUGCCCAGCCCUGUGAACUAGAGAAAGCCAAAGACGUGGAGGCUGGGCAGCAUGUGGUCUCAAGCAGCGCCAAUGGCAAACUGGCCUGGCUGGAGGCCGCCCUGCAGCGGGCCAAGCAGGACAUGGCACGGCAGCUCCGUGAGUACCAGGAGCUCAUGAUCGUCAAGCUGGGCCUGGACUUUGAGAUCGCCACCUACCGUAGGCUGCUGGAGGGCCAGCAGCAGAGGCUUGAUCUGGGACUUGGGGCAGAGAGCUCAGCUCCAGGCAGCGAUGUUACCCGAGGUCCGGGCCUGACCUCAGUCUCUGCACCACCUCGGGCACCCGGAGUCUGUUCCCGUGGCCUGGAUACUAGGAGGAACUCGUGCUUCUGCCUGAAGACUUGGCCCUCCCGUCUCAGAUUCCCCGCCCACAAAGCGGGCCCUCGCGUUCACUCUCUUUUGUGCCUCACCUGGAACUAGACAGGACGCUGGACUGGAGUCAUUCUGUACUCAACACCUGUGUCUUACCUGAACUUUGGACCCUGCCCCUCUGACUUGCCCCAUCCCCUUUCUCCUAGGCUCCCCCCCUUUAAUAAAACUUUCUGCGGUGGCUAAGCA